AUUGCCCUUUCAUUACAUUCAACAUUAAUUCUUUGCUUUCAACUUUCAAGAUGGCUAACAAUUUGGGACUAUCCUCAAUCCUUUUCUCUCUUCUCAUCUUCUCUAUGAUCAUCGAAACGAGUUUCGCUGCUCGUAACUUAAAUGAAAAUGUAUUAAAAUGGGUGAAGAAGGACCAUCGUCGUUUUCUUCGAGCUGUUAUUCAUGUCUCCAAUCUCGACAACUCUAUCAAAACUUACACUGAAGGCUUUGGAUUGAAGCUUUUAAAGAGAAGAAUGUUUACGGAUCGAGGGUAUGAAGAUGCUCUAGUUGGAUUUGGGCCUGAAAAUACUCACUUUUUGUUAGAACUGAGACAACGGGAUGAAUCGAACAAUGUAUUUAUUGGCACAGAGUUCGGUUACUUUGGAAUUUCUACACAAGAUGUCUACAAAUCUGUGGAGCAAGCUCGAUCAAAUGGAGUAGUUGUAAUUCAAGAACCUGUAAAAGUUAACGAAACUAUAAUUGCAAUGGUUCAAGAUCAAGAUGGUUAUCAAUUUAAGUUCAUCCAAUGCCUUUCAGCUGCCGUUGAUCCUCUCUCCCAAAUAAUGCUUCGUGUACAAGAUUUGAAUCUCUCUACCACUUUCUAUUCAAAGGCAUUGGGGAUGAAACUGUUCGAGAGCCAAAACAAUUCACAAGGACAGUUUAUAAUGGGAACUAUGGGUUAUGGAACAAAUGAAAGUGAAACAACACUGCUGAAAUUGGAAACAAGAAAUAACCUCUCUCGUGAUGAUGGACGAGAUGGCUAUGCAAUGCUAUAUAUUAGUACUGACAAUGUAAAGAAGAGUGCUGAAGCUGCUAAAUUGGUAAUCAAAGAGCUUGGUGGGAACAUAAUCAUGGAGCCAGUUUUGGUGCCUACCAUUAAUGUCAAAAUGACUGGAUUUAGUGACCCAGAUGGUUGGAGAAUGAUUAUGGUAGACAAUAAAGAUUACCAAAGAGGAACUCUUUAGAAAGAAGGGGAGAAAGAAGGGGAGAGGAAGAAAAUGCUCAAAUUUAGGGACCAUUAUAAGAUUGAGAAUUUGUUUCUUAAUAAGUGGGCAUACCUAAAUUAUUGUAAUAUUUUUAGAGAUUAGAGUUGUGUUAUUAUUUAAUCUUGUACAUUUAUAACAUAAUUUCACAAUAAGCUUUUCAAUUUU